AGCGGCGGGCCGUGAUGGCGGGCCUGGCGGCUGAGCCGGACCCGAGCCUGGGGCGGGAUCUGGUGGCGGAGCUGCGCGGCCGCGACGGGCGGACGCGGACGGUGCGAGUGCCGUACCCGGCGGCGGAGGCGGACGAGGCCGCCCAGCUGCGCGGGCUCCGGGAGGCCCUGAGCCAGCUGCAGGAGCGGGUGGUGGAGCUGCUGGCGCCGCUGGUGGAGGAGGAGCGGGCGGCGGCGGGCGGCGCGCGGCGCGGUGGUGGCGAGGAUGAUGACGACUACGAUGACGACGAUGACGACGAGGAGGAUGACGGCGAAGACGAAAAUAACGUGGACGCGGCGGCGAGCGGCGAUGAUCCUCCCCUGAAGCGGACGAAGGUGCAGCAGCCGUGAGGGCGGCGCUGGAUGCCGGGUCUGUGCCUAGGCAGUCCCGUUCGGCUGUACCGACUGUAAGUGUCCCAGGCCCGCCGCGGGCCGGCUCCUGCGGCGCUGCUGCUCCCGUUUAAACGCGAAAUGUCCAUCCCGACGGUGUUUGUGCGAAAGGAUGCGCCUGGGUAUGAGCAGCGUGUUGCUUACGGAGUGCCAGUGUUAUGCUGGCAGACUUUUUGGUAAACUAGUUAACGAGUAUAAAACUUUUUUCACAAAUCUUCUGAUUGGUAUGUUUUUUAAUAACUCAUUCUGAGUCACAGUAUUUCUUCAUGCGACACCGUUCUUAAAAUAAAGCAAUAAAACCUGAAAAGAGUUAUUUUUUUCAAAUAUGAUCUUUAAAAGGACAAGACAGCUUGUGUUUGUAUGGAGAAAAAGCAAGAUAAGACUAUUAUAAGUAUCAAAAUUAACAAGCGUGUAGAGCACUGUGCCUGUUCCUUUACCAUCCUACAGUGGAAGAUUAUUUUUGCCUUGCAUCUACAUGGUUUAGUUACCUAUCAAUUAAGAAUGCCUCUGUGAACAGGUAUAAAAUAGUCAGUUCAUAGAACCUAAGAAUGUUCUCUAGCAGAAUUCCAUUGUGAAUGAAUAAUGCAGAAAGCAUUUUGGGGGGUUAUUUUCAUUCACUUGUGUUCUCCUGGCACAGUUUAUUUAUUUAUUUAUUAUGGAAACAGAGCUAAUCUUGAGAAUGUACAUAUGUAGGACAAAGUGUGGAAAUAAAUGAACUUUUAUGAGGACAAAAUUGUCGGCAUUCAUUUGAAAUGCAGGGAGGAGUCAGAAAUGAGGUCCAGUAACUGUAUCUUGACAUUUAUGUACUCAGAUACUCUGCUGGCAGAUGGGAUAGAGGCAUAACUGAAAAGACCAACUCAGAAGACUAAGGAGGUUUAGUUGCUGAGAGAAAAUUAUACUUACUCUGAUCUCUUGUCAG